UCAUUUUAUCAUAAUCUUUGUCUCUGGACUCUGGUAAUUGGUAUAUCGCUCUGAUUCUCCUCCCUUUUAUUUUCUUAUAAUAUAAAGUGAACAAGAUAACAUACAAAACAAAAGAAAUGGAGGGGUCGAACUUGCUAUCGGACUCGAUUUCUAACUCAGAAGCAAAGAAAACUUGGAGUAUUAAAGAAGAAAUGGCAUUAAAGGACAAAUGGCAGAAUAUGAACGUUGAAGCAUCAAUACCACAGCCUGCUAUUCAAGAUCAGUUGAAUGUCGAAUUUAAUCAAAUUGCAGAGUGCAAGCAGAGUCCGAAGAGGAAAAUGUCAGAAGUGGAGUCUGAGGCAGUAGUCGAUGCGGAAGCAGAGUCGAAAGCAGAGGAUAAAAUUGAGGUUGAGGCAGAAACCGAGGCAGAGACCGAUGCCAAGGAAGAGUCAGAGGCUGAGGCCGAGGCCGAGACAGAGGCAGAGGGAAAAAAGCAGAAUACGAAAAUUGAAGUAUCAAUGCCAAAGCCGGCUAUUCAAGAUCAGAAAAAUUCGGAGGUAGAGGUCGUGGCCGAGGCUGGGGCCGGGUUCAAGAUCGAGGCAGAGGAAGAUGUUUUUCCAUCAUUGCAUGUAAUAGACGACGAAAAAAUAGCCGGCUUGAUAGCUGAUUUAGAAAAGAAUGACCCAGAACAUGCUGGGUAUUGUAAGGAUCUACAAAAGUUAUUAGAGGAUGAUGAAAAAGCAGAUGAAAUUCUCGCUUAUGCAAACGAGAUCAUGGACCGACCACUUGAAGAUUAUGAGUUAAGUGACUGAAAUUUGAGUAGUGCAUCCAUGGAGAGUAGAUAGAACCUAGGGCAAAGACAAUAAAAAGUAGGGUAAAGUUACAAUAUCUUGCAAUAUGGAGUAGUUUUAGUUAAAUGUUACGUUGAUAUGGACGAUAAUGUUCAUAAUCUAGUAUUCUUUUCCAUACUAUUACUUACUUCUUAUUUCCUGAAAAAUAAAACUCA